AUGGGCGGGGCAGCAUGGUCUCCGACGGGCCAAUCCAUUCGGGAUCGGAUCACCUUGUGGCGCCUUCUCCUCAAGGGCCGACGUCAGUGCCGGGUGAGCUCCAGGAAGAUUCGCCGCCUGCUGCUCAAGACAAACGAGCCCUUGGCCUGGAAGUUGACCACAGCCGAACUUGAGUCCCAUCUCACCCAAGACCUUGGUCAAUAUCGAGAAGCCAAGAGGGGCCUCACUUCUAAAUGGCGGAAGGCUCAUGUCACUGCCCGCACCAGAGCAUUGCUAAAGUCCGCCACAAGACGGCAAGCCAACAAGAACGAUAUCACCGCUUACGAUCCAUGA